GUACAUAAUGAAUUUUAACGUCAGAGCUUUCACAUCGUGGGUCGUAAUUGUUUGGCUAAGCACGCUUUAAUUCAAAAAUCACAUCUGCACUGACGUGGUAGAAAUUUGGACAUAGUAUCGUUUAAUACAACCUGCAGGAUUUUCACAAGUGCAGUUGACGAUUUUUAAAAUCUACCAAGAUGAUUUCGUGGUUCAUGAUACUGCCUGUGAUUAUGAUUCCAUUUAUUAUGUUGAUUAAUGAAGCUGAAUUGAGAGGUGGUCAUGGAGGUGGCGGUGGUGGUGGCGGCCGUGGAGGUGGCGGUGGUGGUGGCCAUGGUAGCUCGCACGGCGGCGGUUCACAUACUUCGAGUGGUGGAGGAGGAGUGAAAAGUCCUAGUUCGCCUUCACCUACUGCUUCCACAGGAGGACAUGUACCUGCAAUGGCUAUGGCUGCUGGGACUCAUGGAUCUGGCGGUGGUUCAUCCGGUAAUAAGGGAAAGGAAAAGAAAAAAAAGGAACAAGAAGAAAAGAAGAAAAAGGAGGAAGAAAAGAAGAAAAAGGAUGGAGAAAAAAAGAAAAAGGAAGCAGAGGAGAAGAAGAAGAAAGAAGAGAAAAAGAAAAAAGAAGAGGAAGAAGAGCAACAAUUCGGUGGUAAUUCGUAAUUUCAUAGGAUGUUCAAUCAUGUUCAUCCUCAAAGUCAAAACCAUCUCGUUUCAGUGAUAUUCAUGCAUUUGAAUAAAAUACAUAUCGUCAUCAUAUA